CAAGCAGUAGGUACACGCGACCUCGGCGCGCUGGGCAGGUUACCGAACGAGCUGCUCACCCUCAAGACCUCACCGGUGAAACUACGGCACGCCGCCAGCAAUCCGUCCCAUUAUCACCAUGGACGAGUAUUGCCGAGCCGAGAGUGUUCGAUGCGUUCGAGCCUGACGAGCUAGGAAGCUGGUGUGAGACAGCGGAUGUAGGCGCUAGCAGUGAUGUCACUGUCUGAGCUGGGCAGGCGUCAAGCUUGCACCGCCCCACCUCGUUCUUCACUCAUCUCAACUUCGACUCAAACAACACACAAUGUGUGACCCUGCACCAGACCGCCUCCCUGCCACUCUCGGCGCCCUGGGCAAGCUGCCGACCGAGCUGUUCCUCCAGGUGGCCGCCUUGCUCGACAUCCAGAGCCGCGCCCGCCUCCUCCGUCUCAAUUCGGCCUUCUAUUCUCUAGCAGCCGCGUCUGCCUACUCAAACCUGCUCCUCUUUACAACCCAACCCCUGGGCGCCCCUUUAACCCUUCCGCUGCAAGGAUGCGCCGCCGUGCACGCUGAGCACGUCCGCGUCAUCGACGUCUUCACCCACCCGCAGCACACGUGCCGAACCGUGAAGAGCACCCGGCUCGACGACGACAUUUCCGUCUCCCAUUUCCUCGGACACGACCUCCCGAACCUACGCACCCUCCACCUCCACAUCGACGAUAGGUACCUCCAUUCGUCGGACGACAGCAGUAACUUUACUUGCUGGGCUAUCCAGUACCUCUGCCCGCCGGUUGUUGUGGUGCAUAGCCGCAUGUUCCACGGCAGUGAAAUCAGCUUUGCCUCUCCGCCACCUGAGCCACCUGAAGGUUCCGUCCAAGAGGAGCGCGACUUGGUCGGGGAACGCCUUGUCUGUGUCCUCGAGGAGGGGUGGCGCCGCAACAUCUGGAGCAAUGUCGAGGAAUGCCUCAUAAGCAUGGUCGGCGAGCGCACGACCUCGGCCACCUUUGUCCUCCGUGCGCCGGUUGUGCGCGGAAGAGUCUUGGGGCUGUGCGGAGAGGCAGCCAAGGGCGGAGGGGUGCCCGAUAUUUACGAUGCCUUCGACCUGUACGAUGCAGUCGAGCUCGACGCGACGCCCGUCGAGCUCGACUCGAGUUUUCUGGCCGAGAUGGUCGGGUACAUCGGCCACCAUGAACCCCUCGACCACUGCAGCGUGACAAUCGUCAAUGCCGGAUGGGUUGGCCCCGGGCAGGCGGACGAGGAGACGGCGAAUCGGCUCGAGAUUGAACGCUCGUUCCGCGAGGCUGUGAACAAGAGGUGCUGCGAAAUUGGCCUCGACGCCGAGGCGACGGCCCGCCGCCAGGAGAUGAUUCGGUUCAUCACCAUGCGCGAGUACCUCGCUGAGCCGGGCGUGCUGGACGUGUUUCACCCAACAGAGAUUGCAGAGUGGCUGCGACAGGGGUAG